AUGUCGCCCUUUCAAGCAUUAUAUGGCAGACCUGUUCCAGAUGCAAAUCGUUACAUAGCUGGUACAUCGGACACGGCUUCCAUCGAUGCGACUAUGAUGGAGCACGACCGUUUAAGGAAACUACUUACAACAAAUCUGAAACAUGCUCAGCAACGGAUGCUAAGUUUGACAAAGGCCCAACGAUUGGACAAGGAAUUUCAGCUUGGUGAUAUGGCUUUCUUGAGACUGCAUGAUUACAGACAAACCUCAGUGGCCAAUAGGCAAUCAAAGAAGUUAUCACGACGUUUUUAUGGUCCCUUCUGGGUGGUGGAACGCAUCGGGGCAGUAGCGUAUAAACUUGAUUUACCAGCAGACGCACGUAUCCAUCUGGUGUUUCAUGUUUCAUUACUCAAGCAAGCAUUUGGCAGUCCACCUGUUGUUCCAUUACCACAAAUAGAAAGUAACGGAGAUGACGUGUGGAUACCAGAAUCAAUUUUGGACCACCACUGGAAUGCAUCAAAAAUUCAAGUCUUGGUCACUUGGCAAAACAGACUUAUGGAGGAAGCUACAUGGGAGCACAUCGACGAGCUGCUGACACAUUUUCCAGCCUUCACACCUGCUAUUGAUUAUGUUUCAUAG